CGUCUUAAUUAGUAUAUAAAUCGUAUGAAUUAUGUAGUCUUCUUGUUUGUGUCUCCACAAGAUUUAGUACAAAGCAAAUAUUAUCUUACACUGCAAUGGGUUUUCAUAUGUUUCCUUCUGUUCUCGUCAUAAUUUUCAUAUUGCAUGGCUCCAGUUAUUCCCAUAAAGAUAAAGGGUUUUACGGAUUUAUGAAAAAUGCAACAUCAGCACCAACGUAUGCUCGCUUCGACUACAUAGUUAUUGGAGGAGGAACCUCGGGUUGUUCAUUAGCUGCAACACUCUCUCAAAACGCUAGCGUUUUGGUUCUCGAACGCGGCGGCUCUCCCUACGACAAUCCGAGGGCCACAGACAUCGAAAACUUCGCCAACACGCUCUUAAACAUCACACCAAACUCGUGGUCGCAGCCUUUCAUCUCCGAGGACGGCGUUUACAACACACGUGCACGCGUCCUCGGAGGUGACUCGGUGCUGAACGCUGGGUUUUACUCACGUGCGGAAGAGUAUUACGUGAAGGAGGCUGAGUGGGAGAUGGAGGAAGUGGAGGCUGCUUACGAGUGGGUCGAGAGGAAACUUGUGUUCGAGCCACAAGUAACCGGAUGGCAAUCUGCGUUAAAAGAUGGGCUUUUGGAGGCUGGUGUGUUACCGUACAACGGUUUCACCUUUAAACAUAUUAUAGGAACGAAGAUUGGCGGUUCCACCUUCGACUCUGCCGGCCAUAAACACUCGGCCGCGGAUUUGUUAGAGUAUGCUAAUCCGGACAAAAUUGCUGUCUACUUGCACGCUACUGUGCACAAAAUCCUCUUCACCACAAAAGGAAACCAAAGACCUAAAGCGUACGGAAUGAUAUAUCAAGACGCGGAUGGAAUGUUCCACAAGGUAGAGCUGGCAGAAAAUGCAAUGAACGAGGUGAUUUUGUCGGCAGGUGCACUUGGCAGCCCUCAGCUGUUGAUGCUAAGCGGUGUAGGUCCUAGGGCUCAUCUUGAAGCCCAAGGGGUGGACCCCGUGGUUAUAGAUCACCCCAUGGUUGGACAAGGGAUGGGAGAUAAUCCUAUGAACAGUGUGAUUGUCCCCUCUCCUCAACCUGUAGAAUUGUCCCUCCCUCAGGUCGUUGGAAUCACCAGGUUUGGCAAUUUCAUUGAAGGUUUUAGUGGAUUGAGUCUCUCUUAUAACUUGACACGUAUGUUCUUUGAGACAAGACUCUCCACUCAAUCAAUCACAAGUUUUAUCAACUCCAGUGAUUUUCAAUUGAAUUUGAUUGAAAUUGAUGGCGUCAUCUUCCAAAAAGUCGAUGGUCCGUUCUCUAGAGGUUACUUAGAACUCAGGAAUACCAAUCCAGAUGAUAACCCUUCUGUGACAUUCAACUACUACCAAGAGCCAGAAGAUCUUGAGAAAUGUGUUAAAGGACUUGAAACCACUAUUGAAGUGAUAAACUCGAAUGCAUUCUCCAAAUACAAGUAUUUGAAUGCAACCGGACGCGAGUUGCUCAAUCGCAUGCUGGGCCUUCCCACCAAUCUGAGGCCGAGGCACGUAACUUCAGUGUUCAACUUGAGGCAAUUUUGCAUCGACACCGUGAUGUCUGUUUGGCAUUACCAUGGAGGUUGCCAAGUUGGAAGAGUGGUCGACAAGGAUUACAAAGUUUUAGGCAUUGAUGCGUUGAGGGUCAUCGAUGGAUCCACUUUUCUUAAGUCUCCUGGGACUAAUCCUCAAGCCACGGUAAUGAUGCUCGGAAGGUACAUGGGGCAGAAGAUUCUUCGAGAGAGAAAUGCUUCCGGGGAAAAAAGGGACUAAUCGAUCAUUAAAGAUGAGACCAAUAUAUACUCUCCAUUGUCCAAAUAAAAGACUAUUGUGUUAUUGAUGUUGUCAAUUACUAGUUAUGCUCUUAAAUGAGAUGAUUAGUGAUCAUCUUCUUAAUAUGAUGCGAAGUUAUAAUGUUGGGUAAAGUUGGUGCCUUCUUCGGUUUAAGAGGAACCAUUAGUGACUUCAACCAGUUUCAUAAAAUGCAAGAUCCAAAUUUGUAGUACCAACACAAGUCAUACUUAUUCGCCAACGAAUAGUUGAAGAAUAUAGUACAUCCCUCUCCUUGCAGUAGCCAAUAACUAGAUAAGAUAUGAUUUGUACUUCACAAGCAAAAUCAAAGAAGUAGAUAUCUAUUAUUAACUAAGAUAUAAGUAAUCACACGUUGCUCAUGUAGAGUAAUGUGGUUAGCUCAUGUGCAUCUACGGACAAUGGUUAGUCGCCACGAUUGAUGAAAUAGUUUAUAUUUCGGUCUUCUAACCAUCUGGUUCUAAAGCUGUUUAAUAGUAUUAACACCUUGUUCACGGAUGCAUAUAUAUAGGUAUUAUUUCCAAGAUUUUCGUAAUUUUCAACCAAAGUCAGUUUCAUAUCUAUAUAAUAAAAACACAAAGUGAAACAAAAUGUUCUCCACAAACUUUUUGAUCACAAGAUUUAUUAUAAAAUGGUUACAUGCAUAUUAAAUCAUUAUAUAAUCACUAAAAUAAAUAUUAUAUGUAACGAUUAUUUGGUUCGGUAUCUCUGGUUCAGGCUUCUUUCCGGUAAUAUGCCCAGGCCUAAAAAGACACUGGUAAGCAAUCAAAUAAAUAGGAUCCACUUUUACAUUACGGGUUAUGCCUUUCCACAAAAUAUAUAAAACGAGCAUUCAAAUAAGAAGUAAAAGCAGUAGAAAGUAAGUACCACGUGAAUAGGACAAGGGAAUAUGAUUUGCAAAAUUACGCUGAACACGAUCAAAAGAUAGAACAGUAAAGGGCAACUCUCCUUUGGCAAAAGACUCAACUUCAAACUUGUGAACAUGUCUCACUAAUUGUACUUCCUUUGCCAAAGUUGAAUUUCCCUUUUACUGACUUCUUUCAUCUAACAAUUUUCUCCUAACAUUUUGUGGUAACAACUUCUACGCAAUUUAUAUAACCAAAAAAAAAAAAACUAUUCGAGCAACCGAAUAUGCUCAAA